AUGGCGUUGCCUUUGACCUCCCGAGCGGCCUUCCGGCUUCCCAGCAGGCUGAGACGCACCCCAGGGCAUGCUGUUGCCAUCCCAGCUAUUUCUUCUACUCUUGCCAAAUCUGGUCACAGCCAAUUGAGAAGUUCGGCGUUGCAGAUCCGCACUUUCAGCAUUUCUUUGCGCAAGCAUGAUGCCAAGAUCGUCGUGCGAGUCCCGCAAAUGGCAGAGUCUAUUACGGAGGGAACCCUUAAUCAAUUUUCGAAGAAAGUCGGGGACUUCAUCGAAGCGGACGAAGAACUGGCUACGAUUGAGACCGACAAAAUUGAUGUUUCUGUGAAUGCCCCGCUGGCGGGAAUCAUUCAGCAGCUGUUCGUUGCCGAGGGAGAUAUAGUCAACGUUGAUCAAGAAAUUGCAGAGAUCCAAACCGGAGAAAAACAGUCUACAACUCAAAAUGGAAAGGAAAGCUCCAAGGCCUCGGAAAGAAUUGACGAUGUGUCGCCGAAACCGCAAGAUGAGACCGCGAGCCAUACUUCGACGCCCGCGCUGGAUAAAGCAACGUCAGAGGCCUCGGCGACAAAGCCUGAUGUGGCACAUCGCGAGGAGCAUAUUCCAAAGGCAGAAAAGCCUGCUACAAGUGCUUCAUCUGUUGCACAACCCCAUACGUCUUGGGGAUUUAGGCCCAGCCGCGCAGAAGAGAAGGUCAAAAUGACUCGAAUCCGACAGCGCACUGCACAACGCCUCAAGGAAUCGCAGGAUACCGCCGCCUUCCUGACCACAUUUAACGAAGUCGACAUGUCCCGGUUAAUAGAACUCCGAAAGAAUAACAAAGAGGGAUUUAUGGAAAAGCAUGGUGUUAAGCUCGGAUUUAUGGGGUUCAUGGCUCGGGCAUCGGCGCUGGCCCUGAAAGAAAUCCCCGCCGUAAAUGCAUCCAUCGGAAAUGAUGAUACCAUCGUGUAUCGGGACUACGUCGACCUUAGCAUUGCUGCAUCCAUCCCGAAGGGGCUUGUCACGCCAGUAGUGCGGAAUAUUGAAUCUAUGGGGAUCUUGCAGAUUGAGAAAGCGAUUGGAGGAAUGGUGAAGAAGGCUCGGGAUGGCAAGCUGACUAUGGAUGACCUCACCGGUGGAAGCUUCACAAUCAGCAACAGUGGAGUUUGGGGAUCGCUCUUCGGAACUCCAAUUAUCAAUCUACCCCAGACGGCGGUGCUUGGGACUUACGGCACCAUGGAUAGACCCAUCGCGGUCAAUGGACAAGUCGAGAUUCGUCCCAUGAUGUAUGUUGCUCUGACUUAUGAUCACCGGAUCAUUGAUGGACGGGAGGCAGUCCAGUUCUUGGUCCUGGUUAAGAAGUACUUGGAGCAUCCAGAAACUAUGAUGCUUGAGCUGUAG